CAAAAAAAAGAAAAUUUUUGGUUUAAAAUAACUAAGGGAGGCAAUGCUUUUUUAAGAACAAACAUACAUGUGUCUGAUAAUGCUAAUAAUGGAAGCUCUUCAUCAAAGAAAUGCUAAUGACUGACUGACAACUUUUCACUAUGAUUGGAAAAUAAUUCGGAAGAAUGCCAUGCACCGAAACCAUCAAAACCUUCCAAAAAUGGCAGCGGAAAAUUGAAAAAAUCGGUGCCGGUUGAAAAAGAUACAUACCAAAAAUACUAGUUUUAAUAUCAAAUAUUACUGCAAAAAUUAGCUUAAUACAUAUCAAAAAAAUAAUAUUUUAAUUCUAAAAUUUAAAAAAUUCGACUGUUUUGCGUUUGUUAAAAAAUAAUAAAUGCAAAAUGACAAAAUCUUCUUGUUUACAAUGUCGACUGAUUUCGUCCUCUAAUGUAGUGCCUUCAGACGAAAAUGAAGCGACCGCAUCAUUUGGCAAAGCCACAAAAGAUUAUCUGGAGAGUACUUCUCAAAGUUUAAUCGUGCUACUAAUUAUGAUUGCAGUUCUUUUAUUUAUUUUAACAUACUGUUUAUGGGGUACACCAUGGUGUCGAUAUUUUUGUCGCCGUCGAUUAUUCCCAUGUUUUUAUGCCCCCGAUGAUAUGACAAUAUCAUCUGGCUCUGUCACACCACGCACAUAUUCCAGUACAGGUGGUGUAAAUAAUUCAAGAGCAUAUCGUGGCGCACCAACUAUUAUUCUAUUACCACAAGGUCGAAUGUUGGUUGUGGAUGGAUCAAUUAUUGCACAAUUUCGUGCAGACACACAAGGUGUUGAUCUAAUGGAAUUAGGUCAAAGUAUUGCAUGGCAACGUCAUCAAAGUACACCAAGUAUUUUAUCAUCAGGAACAACUGAUUCAAAGGAUGGUUUAAAUCAAAUUAUACCAUUAACACGAUUUUCACCUCCGUCGUAUGAGAGUUUAUUUGGAAAUCAAGCGGCUUUAGAAUCAGUUCUGUACGAUCUUCCACCAUCAUACAGUGAAAUAAAUUUUCAAUUACAACAAUUAAAUAAUGCAAUUAGUAGAGAAUUUAGUAGUUUAAGUAACGGCCAACGUCAACGAACCUUUUACACAAGUGAAACGAAUUUAUCUCGUGCACAAAAUACCGACGGACGGCGUUAUCGUAGUGCUGAUUUAUUGGAAAAUCAUAAUGAAACCGAACGAAAUAAUGGAACAUCAACGAUCAUCUCAACAACAUUAAAUGUCAAACAGCAAAGUGAAGGUGAUAUUAUCGAUAGCACGAAUAUAUUAUUAAAUCGUAAUAAUCAAGACGUUUCAAAUCGUAUAGUAUUUAGAUCGAAUCCAAUUGUUAAUUUAGAACCGUUUAUUGUUCGAGAUAUUUCGAUGUCUCAACAACAACAACAAACGAUCAAUUCAAGUAGUAAUAAUGAGACUGCACAAAUAAAUAAUAACGCACAUUUUACAAUCAAUGUAGAAAAUAGUAAUUCUAGUAGAACAAAUGAAUCAGAACAGAAUAAUUCUGAUGAACAACGCUCAACUAUAACUAGUAGUCGUAUACAAUUCGAUGAAAAUAUUCGUGAAAGUCGAGUGUAA